UAAAUUAACGGAUAAAUGAAUGUAAAAAAUACACAACAAUUUCUAAGAAGAAAUAUGAUUUUAAAUAGAUAUCAUAGAUAUAUAUCAACAUAUUAUUUUUUGAAAUUGAUCAUAUUUCUUAUUCUAUUUGGUUUUAUAAUAGUUUCUAUAAAACAAAGUGGAUGCAUUACUAUAAAGAAAUAUGAAAUAAAUAUAUUUUUUAAUGAAACUUUACAAAAAUUGAAUAUGAAUUAUAAAUCGAUCAAUGUUUCUACAAUAUUAUCUGAAAAUAAAAAUUUCAAACAUGAUAUAAUAUUUGAUAACAAAAUAUCUCGGUUUUCUAAAAUUGUACAAGAACAAUGCGACAAUAUUCCAGUUACAUUACGUUUUGAUUGUCAUCCCGAAGAUGGAGCAUCAGAAUUAUCUUGUGCGAAUAGAGGUUGUUGUUGGAAUUCUUAUGAAAAACAAAUACCAACCAUAAAACAAAUCUCUCUAAAUGUCCCAUAUUGUUAUUAUCCGAGCAAUUGGAGCAUAUAUAGAUAUGAAAAUUUUAGUUUAGAUGGAAAUAAUUUUUCUGGAUUUCUCAAACAAAUAAAAAGAUCGUUCUAUGAAAAUGAUAUAUCAUUUGUUAAAGUAGAAACGAGCACUGUAGAUAAUUCUAUUUUACGUAUAAAAAUAUAUGAUGCUUUCAAGAAACGUUAUGAACCACCAUGGCCUCUCAGAUCGGAUCCUAAACCAUUUAUUCAAAAAAAUGCAAAAUACAAAUUAAAUGUUGAUAAUAUUAAACCUGGUUUUAAAGUAUACAGAACUUUAGAUGAUACAGUAAUAUUUGAUUCUAUUAAUAUCGGAGGUUUUAUAUUUGCUGACCAAUUUUUACAAAUAAGCGCUCUUUUGCCAAGUCAUAAUAUUUAUGGUAUUGGAGAACACGAAACAAAAUUGAAAUUAAAUACUAAUUGGCAAUCUUUUACAUUAUUUAACAAAGAUCAACCACCGAUCGAAAAUGCAAAUUUAUAUGGAUCGCAUCCCUUUUAUUUAAUAAUUGAAAAUUCGGGAAAUUCUCAUGGAGUUUUAUUUCUCAACAGUAAUGCUAUGGAUGUGAUAUUACAACCAUCACCUGCUAUUACCUUUCGAGCUAUUGGCGGUAUUUUUGAUAUAUAUUUUUUUUUGGGUCCAACUCCAGCAGAUGUCAUAAAGCAAUAUUCUGAGAUAGUAGGUAAACCAUUUCUGCCCCCGUAUUGGUCUCUUGGUUUUCAUUUAUGCAGAUAUGGAUAUGGAAGUUUAGAAAAGACAAAAGAAGUAUGGAAUAGAACUAUAGCAGCAGGAAUUCCAUUUGAUACUCAAUGGAACGAUUUAGAUUACAUGGAUAAGAAUAACGAUUUUACAUAUAAUUCAGACAGGUUUAAGGAUUUACCACAAUUUGUCAAUGAAAUACAUUCGAGAGGAAUGCAUUAUAUUCCGUUGAUCGAUGCAGGAGUAUCUGGUUCUGAAAAGAAAGGAACUUAUUUGCCCUACGAUGAAGGUUUGAAAGAAGAUAUAUUUGUAAAAGAUGAAAAAACUGAUCAACCAUUCGUUGGCAAAGUUUGGAAUUUAGUCUCUACUGUGUGGCCUGAUUUUACAAAUCCCAAAGCGCGAAAUUAUUAUUUUCACAUGAUGAACGAUAUGCACAAUAAUUUUGCAUAUGAUGGUGCUUGGAUAGACAUGAACGAGCCUUCCAACUUUUAUAAUGGACAUAAAUAUGGAUGUUCGCAAAAUAAAUUAGAUUAUCCUAAAUAUAUACCGCGUGUUAUUGGUAAUAUUCUAUCGACGAAAACAUUGUGUAUGAAUGCUAAACAUUAUUUGGGCUUUCAUUACGAUCUUCACAAUAUUUAUGGCACAAGUCAAGCGAUAGCGACUAAUUAUGCAUUAACCAAUAUUAGACGAAAAAGACCAUUUAUAAUAUCACGUUCAACCUGGGUGGGACAUGGUUACUAUGCUGGUCAUUGGACAGGAGAUGUUUAUUCCUCGUGGCACGAUUUAAAAAUGAGCAUUCCAGCAAUUUUGUUGAUGAAUUUUUAUCAAAUACCAAUGGUUGGUGCUGACAUUUGUGGAUUCAAUGGAAAUACUACAAUAGGUUUAUGCAAUCGUUGGAUGCAACUUGGUGCAUUUUAUCCUUUUUCUCGUAAUCAUAAUUCAGAUGAUACGAUUGAACAAGAUCCAGUUGCUAUGGGUGAUUUAGUAAUAAAAUCAUCCAAACGUGCUCUUACGAUACGUUAUUGGUUGUUACCGUAUUUGUAUACGUUAUUUUUUCGGGCACAUAAAUUUGGAGAAACUGUAGCGAGGCCAUUAUUUUUCGAAUUUCCUAACGAUUCGAUCACAUAUGAUAUCGAUGCUCAAUAUUUGUGGGGCAAUUCUUUGAUGAUAAUCCCAGUUUUAGAAGAAAACAAAACAGAAGUAAUUGCUUAUUUACCACGUGGAUUAUGGUAUAAUUUUUAUACAAAAGAUUCUCUUUUUGCGUUGGGCAAAUAUUAUACAUUGAAUGCGCCACUCGAUACCAUACCAUUGAUGAUUCGCGGAGGAUCUAUUUUGCCAGCACAAAAACCAGCCGAUACUACAACAGCUAGCAGAAAAAAUAAUUUUGAGUUAUUGAUUACGUUGGAUAAUGUAAAAAAGGCAAAAGGAGAAUUAUAUUGGGAUGAUGGUGAUAGUUUAGAUUCGUUCGAGAAGAGACAGUUUGUAUGGACAUUUUUCAAUAUUGAGAAUAACACUUUAUCCAAUUCCAAAGCAACGAAGAGUUAUUUCAAUGAGAAGAUUAUUUUAGAUAAAAUACAGAUAUGGGGAAUAACAUCUAAUAUUUCAAAAGUUUUUUUAAACGAUCGCGAAAUACGAUUCGAAUAUAUUAAGAAGGAAAAUUGCUUAAAUAUAAAUAAUUUACAAGUGGAUUUGAGAGAAAAUUUUUCGCUUUCUUGGAAAUAUGAUGAUUUCGAAUUAGAUGGUAAGAACGAUAAAUAAUAAUAAUAAUAUUGUGUAAAAUAUAUAUUCGUUUGUAUCAUAUGUAUAAGAUUGUUGUUUUUAUAGAUAUACAUAUAUACGUUUCGAUAUUACUUUUUAUGGUAUUAAUCUAAUAUGUAAAUAUAUUUUUUACUCUUGUUAAAAUAAAUAUUUUCUUGAGUAAAGGCAAAAGAAAA